CCCCAGCUCCCUUACGCUGUCCCCGGCUCCGGCAUCCGUGUUGUGGUGCUAUCGCUGCCUUCCCGGGUAGUUCGGCUUUGGUCCUGUUGAAUCGAAUCUAACCCCAGGAGCCUCCUUCAGACGGCUUCAUGGCGUAUAGUCAGGGAGGCGGCAAGAAGAAAGUCUGUUACUACUAUGACGGUGAUAUUGGAAACUAUUAUUAUGGCCAGGGACACCCAAUGAAGCCUCACAGAAUCCGUAUGACACACAAUUUAUUGUUAAAUUAUGGCUUGUACAGAAAAAUGGAAAUCUAUCGCCCCCACAAAGCUACGGCAGAAGAAAUGACUAAAUACCACAGCGAUGAAUACAUCAAAUUUCUUCGUUCAAUAAGACCUGACAAUAUGUCUGAAUACAGCAAACAAAUGCAGAGAUUUAAUGUUGGGGAAGAUUGUCCUGUGUUUGAUGGACUGUUUGAGUUCUGUCAACUGUCAACAGGAGGCUCUGUAGCUGGAGCAGUAAAAUUGAAUAGACAACAAACAGAUAUGGCUGUUAAUUGGGCAGGAGGACUUCAUCAUGCUAAGAAAUCAGAAGCAUCUGGUUUCUGUUAUGUCAAUGAUAUUGUGCUUGCCAUUCUUGAGUUAUUGAAAUAUCAUCAAAGAGUUCUUUACAUUGAUAUUGAUAUCCAUCAUGGUGAUGGCGUUGAAGAAGCUUUUUAUACCACAGAUCGAGUUAUGACGGUAUCAUUCCAUAAAUAUGGUGAAUAUUUCCCGGGAACAGGAGAUUUAAGGGACAUCGGAGCUGGAAAAGGCAAAUACUAUGCAGUUAACUUUCCAAUGAGAGAUGGAAUAGAUGAUGAGUCAUAUGGACAAAUAUUUAAACCAAUUAUAUCUAAAGUGAUGGAAAUGUACCAACCUAGUGCAGUAGUAUUGCAAUGUGGGGCAGAUUCACUCUCUGGCGAUCGACUGGGAUGUUUUAAUCUUACGGUUAAAGGUCAUGCCAAAUGUGUGGAAGUUGUAAAGACUUUCAAUUUGCCUCUUUUGAUGCUUGGAGGAGGUGGAUACACCAUACGCAAUGUUGCUCGAUGUUGGACUUAUGAAACUGCUGUUGCCUUAGACUGCGAAAUUCCUAAUGAAUUGCCAUAUAAUGAUUACUUUGAGUACUUUGGACCAGAUUUCAAACUGCAUAUAAGCCCAUCAAACAUGACAAAUCAGAACACUCCAGAAUAUAUGGAAAAGAUUAAGCAGCGUUUAUUUGAGAACUUGCGCAUGCUGCCCCAUGCUCCUGGUGUACAGAUGCAAGCUAUUCCAGAAGAUGCUGUUCAUGAAGACAGUGGUGAUGAAGAUGGUGAAGAUCCAGACAAGCGUAUUUCUAUUCGGGCUUCUGAUAAGAGGAUAGCCUGUGAUGAAGAAUUUUCUGAUUCUGAAGAUGAAGGAGAAGGUGGACGCAGAAAUGUUACAGAUCAUAAGAAAGGAGCAAAAAAGGCACGCUUAGAAGAAGACAAAAAAGAGGCAGAAGACAAAAAAGCAGAUAUUAAAGAAGAAGACAAAUCUAAAGAUAACAGUAGUGAGAAAGUAGAUACCAAAGGCACAAAAUCAGAACAGCUAAGCAAUCCUUGAACACAAAGCCUUACAGUAUGUCAAUCAAAGGACCCAAUACUAUAAUGGGAAAAAAAAUACUAAGAGAAGUUUUUCGUACUGGAAGAGACAUUUUAUUUUCAUUUAGUAGAAUUUGGCAUGGAGCAUAUUUAUUUUCAAACAACUGUGUUUUGAUUUUUGGCAACUUGUAUUGUGAAUUCCCCAAUUAUGAUACAAAAUUUGUUCCUUCCACCAGACUUUAUGUAAUACUAUUUAAAAUGGAUGUGAGUUAAGAUGUAGUUAAACGUCUAAACUGAUCUAUUAAAAUUUCCCUUUUCCCGGAUUGAUUUUAUCCCCUUUUUGUAAUUAUAUCUUUAUUAAAAAACAAACAAAUUGUA